AUGGCUGAGGUUGGGAAUCGCAAAUGCCGGGGUGUGGACUGCCCUAACGACGCAGGCACCUUGCAAUGUCCGACUUGUCUGAAGAGUGGCACCGAUAGCUUCUUCUGUUCCCAAGACUGUUUCAAGCGCAGCUGGAACGAGCACAAGUCCAUUCACAAAAAGAGUAAUUUCCUCACCAACAUCUUCCCACCGAAGGUAGUUUCUGAACCAGAUCCAGAUACCGGUACCUUCAACCCAUACCCUUCGUUCCCUUACACCGGUUCUUUGAGGCCUGUCUACCCUCUGUCCGCCAAGCGAACGAUCCCCAAGUCGAUCCCCCACCCGGACUACGCCCGCGAUGGUAUUCCUCGCUCCGAGCAGAAGAUUAUUGGUCGCCAUAACAUCACCAUCCUCAACAAGGAGGAGCAAGAGGGCAUGCGCAAAGUUUGCCGCUUGGCUCGCGAGGUCUUGGAUGCUGCUGCUCGUGAAUUGAAGCCUGGUGUCACAACCGACUACAUCGAUGAGGUUGUCCACAAGGCGUGUAUAGAGCGUGAUUCGUACCCCUCGCCCUUGAACUACAUGAACUUCCCCAAGUCCGUCUGCACCUCCGUCAACGAGACCAUCUGCCACGGUAUCCCCGACCAGCGCCCUCUGAAGGAUGGUGAUAUCGUCAACAUCGAUGUCACUUUGUAUCACAAGGGAUUCCACGGUGAUAUCAACGAGACCUACUAUGUUGGAGACAAGGCGCUCGCGGACCCCGACGCGGUGCGCGUGGUUGAAACCGCACGUGAAUGUCUGGACCAGUCAAUCGACCUGGUCAAGCCCGGUAUGCUCUUCCGCGACCCUGGAAACACGAUCGAGAAGCACGCCAAGACUCGCAACUGCUCGGUCGUAAAGACGUAUUGUGGACACGGUAUCAACCAACUCUUCCACUGCGCGCCCAAUAUUCCUCACUACGCCAAGAACAAGGCCGUCGGCACUGCGAAGCCUGGAAUGUGCUUCACAAUUGAGCCUAUGAUUAACAUUGGUACACACCGUGACCGUACUUGGCCUGACGACUGGACCAGUACCACCCAGGACGGAUCUCUGUCUGCUCAGUUUGAGCACACAAUGCUCGUCACUGAGGAUGGUGUCGAGGUCUUGACUGCUCGCCUGCCAGACUCGCCUGGUGGCGCUGUGCCCAUGCCAUCGGCAUAA